GCCUGUGUCUUGGGAUCGGCCGUCAUUUGUGUGGAUCUUGUUUUACGGCGAUUGUCUCGCCGCAAAAGCUUCCAGAUCGUCCAUAACAAUGGCUUCUUAUCUGCGUCACUGAGUCUGAGCGCGGGCGUCAUGGUAUUUCUCUUUUGACUAGUUGACCCUAACUUUGGUACCAUACUGACCGUGCUAGCUUUACACUUCUCUCUAUAGCAUGCUGCCUACUUCUCAUCGGUACCUGACUCGAGCUGGCUUGUCCCCUUCGCUUGCUGCAUACGUGCUUAUCGGCCUCUUUCUGGCGGGCGCGGUCAUCAUCCGUUUGGCAUCGGCACUAUUGCAUCGCUACAUACCGUCACAUGUCGUCGACUGUGCUCAUACCCAUGAGCCACACCCCACCUCUGAUCAUGGACACGGGGGCAAGCCAGACGGUCAUUCGCACUCCCACGGCCCUAACCAUCUGAAUGAGCGAACUCCUCUUUUGACUCAUAAGUCUUCCCCGGCCACUGUGACCGUCCCCGCUGCUGGCGAAGACCCAGGCGCACUUGUGCGAAGGGAAUCCCUGCAUAUCCGCUUGACACGACGCAUUAGUCGUCUGGUUGGCGGAGUCAAAUCACAUUGCGAUGAGAAUGGUCCUUGUUUUGGCUUCUCGCAGGCGUGCGGGCACGAAUGCACUAAGACUCUCGAGGGACCAGAAAUCUCUGUCCUGGAUGACGGCACCGUGCGCCCGCCGCUGCCGCACCCCCACAGUAUAUCCGUGCAAGUCGACUCGGCACGACUAGAUGAUCUGGAGGCAAACCUGCCAUCCUCGCAAAUCCGACGUCAAGAGGCGAGUUCCUCUUCUUCCCGGACCGGGCUUCUUGACGACCAGGAUAUGGCGCCUGAAGACGGGACUAAGCCGCCACCCAAUCCCCAACACCAUCACCAUGUGCCACAGAACGCCUUUCUCUCCAUUGGUCUGCAGACUUCGAUAGCGAUUGCGCUGCACAAGUUGCCGGAGGGGUUUAUCACCUAUGCAACGAACCAUGCGAGCCCGACUUUAGGUCUCACGGUUUUCUUGGCUCUUUUCAUCCACAACAUCAGCGAAGGGUUCGCCAUGGCCUUACCACUGUAUCUCGCGCUGCAUUCGCGCGGCUGGGCCAUGUUCUGGUCAAGCUUGCUAGGUGGCAUCAGCCAACCUGCAGGCGCGGCGCUGGCAGCUCUCUGGAUAUGGGGUGCUCGACGUGCUAAUGGCGACGACGCCGCUGGCCCGUCCUGGGGUGUCUACGGCGGUAUGUUUGCCGCGACGGCGGGCGUCAUGAUCUCAGUUGCUCUGCAGCUGUUCAGCGAAGGCCUUACCUUAACUCACAAUCGAGGAAUGUGCACUGGGUUCGCUAUUGGAGGAAUGGUUCUGAUGGGGCUCAGUUUCGCCCUGACCGCAUAGUCAUACUAAACGGCGUUGGUGGUAAAAAGUAUUUCAAGAUGCAGCGCAUUCUUAUACUAGAACACUUAGCAUUUCCGGCGUUAAGUUUAUGAUUAGGAACGAGUAACGAAAAACCAAAUAUAUGUCUCAC